AAGAUAUUUUAAAAUAAAAAAAGUAUCAGUACCCAUUCUUAAACCCCAUUUUUGUGGUGCCCCCUACCACCACAUGCCUUCUUUUUCAUCUACUCCCUCUCUUUCUUCUUGAAAGAUCUUAUUUAUGCCUAUAGUAAGCUAAGCCUGGCCAAAGGGGUUACCUUUCUUUCUGGGCUUUUGCUCAAAUUGUCAUCUUUUUUUUCAUGAAAUCUCGGGUUGGUCAUGAAGAUUCAGUGUAGCGUGUGCGAGGCGGCCGAGGCCGACGUCAUCUGUUGCGCUGACGAGGCGGCGCUGUGCCGGGACUGUGAUCGGAGAGUUCACGCCGCCAAUAAGCUCGCGUACAAACACCAGAGGGUCCCUUUAUCUAGCUCGUCUUCACAGAUACCCAAGUGUGAUAUUUGCCAGGAAUCCCUCGGGUUCUUCUUCUGCCUUCAAGACCGCGCUUUGCUCUGCCGGCAAUGUGACGUGGCAAUACAUACUGCAAAUAAAGCAGUCUCCGGCCACCAGAGGUUUUUGCUCACCGGAGUUAAAGUCGGGCUUCAUGCCGCCAGUGAAGAUGUGCCAUCCUCGUCUAACGGGAGAGAACAUUCUCUAUCUACCGACCAAAUUCCAGCACAAGAGCCUCGUCAAAUCCCUAAUGUGGGCCAACCAGCGCAGUCAUCUGGUCAACAGGUACAGUCAGCAAGUCAACACAGUGGAAAUAAUAAUACGCCCAUGCAAGGUAAUAAUAGUCUGGUCGGGGGUUACACGUCACCUCCAAUGCUGACUUAUGCCGGGAGCUCGGCCUUGGCUGGGAACAUUCCAUCGUGGCAGUUGGACGAGUUUCUUGAUCUCAGUGGCUACAAUCAGAGCUAUAAUUUCAUGGAUCAUGGCUCAUCUAAGGCGGAUAGUGGGAAGCUGGGAGACUCAGAUUGCUCCUCGGUUUUACGGGCAGCUGAUGGAGAAUUGGAGGCCGACGAUUGUUUGGGCCAAUUGCGUGACUCUUUUUGGGCCGUCCCAGAAGUUCCCUCGCCUCCCACGUCAUCUGGGCUCCACUGGGCCCGUAAAAUCCAAGGCCCAUACGACUCGUCCUUCUUUGUGCCGGAAAUAAGUUCCCCACAUCAGCAGGUUUCCCGUUAUCGUCUCACGGAAGGUGAUGGCUCUAAUAAGCGCACGAGGCGUUCUUGAUAGAAAACGAAAGGAACUUUUUUCUUCUUGUUAGUGGUUAUUUUGUUAGUGUGCAGUGUGUACCUGGUGCUGUUCUUUCAUUGCUUGCUCUUCUUUUUUUUUUUUAAUNUGUUGUUUGAUUCUACAAAAGAAAUAGAGAAUGCCAUCAUCGAAUUUUUUGUUUUUUUUACUGUGGAUCAACACGUACAUUUUUUUACUGUCCAGUAGUCGGUGAGCUUAUGAGUUUAGUCAUUUAACAAUUUGGAUGGAUUGACUAAAUUCAUGAUUGUUCUUUUAAUCUUACAAUUUUUUUUUUAAAAAAAAUAG